AUGAAUGUGCCGGCCUUGAGUGCCAUCCGUGUCGCCUACUUGCCAGCCAACACAACAUCGGUGUUGCAACCCAUGGAUCAGGGGAUCAUAAAAAAUGUGAAGGUGCUGUACCGAAAGCACCUUCUCGAGCGGAUGCUCUUGUGCAUGGAGAGCUCCAUGCAGUACGACGUGAGCGUCCUCAGUGCUAUCCACAUGUUAGCGCAAGCGUGGGGCCGCGUUAAAGAAGAAACAAUUGCAAACUGCUUCAGGGCAUGUGCUUUUAGUGCAAGUGUGGCGGGAGUUGGUUCGUCUUCUCCAGCGGGGGAAGCAGACACAAGCGAGCUCGACGACCAUACUCUUCAAGCAGCUCUCAGUGACGUCACUUUCGAAGAGUACGUCGCCGUUGAUGGCACUGUUGAAACGUGCAGUGCGCUGACGGACAGUGAAAUUAUUUAA